AUGGCUGAUGAAAUUGCAUCAGCAAUGGAGCAGGAAAUGGUGGAAGAACAGGCUAUAAAGUGCCCAAGGCCUUCAGCAAAGAGGCAAAGGAAAGGAUCUCCUGACGCCCGAGAAGAAACAGAUAAAGAACGUGUAGACGAUAGUCUUCUGCAAGAUGCACGUAGAAUCAAAGAAAACAUCAGGGUCUACAUGAACGCAACAGACAGGAACGUGAGUGCGAAGGUACAAAAGCACGUUAAUGGGAAAAUUCAGCAGUUAAUAGAUAUAAUGGAGACAAUAUAUGAUAAGAACUAUGAAAAAACGUUUUUAGUACAACGUGUGGUAAAGGACACAUUAGCUUCCUCUGAAAUGUAUGAUAUCAUAGUAAAUGCAUUAGUGGAAAAAGCAGUACCUAUGGUUAUCGAGGGACUCAAGUCGGAAAGUAAAACCAUACAAAGACCACUGUCAGAACCUCAGACAUCUCGGGAGUUUCCAUGCGUUAAAGAACAACCGCUAUUAGCCGAUGCCCACGCUAUUAUUGAGACCACGGAGAAUGAAAGUUUCCAGGAACAUUGGUUUAACAUUCCUAGAGUUGCAAUUAGAGCGUGUGAUGUAGGAAGAAGACUUAAGAAGGAGGAGUUUACCUCAAGGUCAACCACAAGGUCUGAACUUACCGUAAAUCAACUCAGAUAUUCCACCCCACACCAUAACAGUAACGCCUCCAAUUUGUACCAGUCAUAG